AUGACAAACAAUUUAAAAUUAUAUGUCACCCACCCCCUUGCAAGGUCUCCGCCUCUCCAUUUUCUUACAGGAGAGGAUAGCGAAGGCCUCUAUCCCUCUCCUCUUCUCUAUAUAACAAGAUAUAUCUUCCGCCAUUUCCGAAUCUUUUCUUCUUCUUUCUCCUCCCUUUCUCUUUGUUCAUCUUCCAACUUUAAAAGACUCAUUGUGAAACUAAAACAAACUGUGAAUUGCCCGAAAGGGCGCCUCUUCUCUUUUCCUAUGCCUCCAAUCAGGAAUUCCGAUUUGUGGUUACAAAUACUCAUCAAACUUUCUGAAAUGGACCAUGGGAAGUUGUUCAUCGGUGGGAUUUCAUGGGACACCAAUGAAGAUAGUUUAAGGGAAUAUUUUCAGACUUUCGGUGAAGUAAUUGAAGCCGUAAUCAUGAAGGAUCGAAUCACAGGUCGUGCUCGCGGGUUUGGUUUUGUAGUUUUUUUAAACCCUGUUGUCGCUGAAAGAGUCGUCAAGGAAAAACAUAUCAUAGAUGGUAGAACAGUAGAAGCAAAGAAAGCUGUCCCUCGGGACGAUCAUCAAACCAUUAACAGGAGCAACAAUGGCAGCAUUCAUGGUUCCCCUUCGCCAAGUCAAACCAGUAGCAAAAAGAUUUUCGUCGGAGGUUUAGCGCCAACAGUCUCAGAACUCGAUUUCAAGAACUAUUUUGAUCAAUUCGGGAUAAUUACAGAUGUGGUAGUGAUGUAUGAUCACAACACCCAAAGACCUCGAGGUUUUGGAUUCAUUACUUAUAAAUUAGAAGAAUCCGUUGACAAAGUUUUGCUGAAAACGUUCCAUGAACUCAAUGGUAAAAUGGUGGAAGUGAAACGUGCAGUUCCUAAGGAGAUAUCUCUAGGGCCUAUUCGUAAUUAUGGAUUAAGUAGAGUUAAUAGUUUUGUUAAUGGAUAUAACCAAAGAACAGAUGGUAGGUUUAGUUUAGUGAGUGGUGUUCGGGGUGGAUUACCACCAUUCAGCCUAUCUAAUGUAGGACCCAACUCCGAUUCCGGUUUAGGUGCGAACUAUGGAGGGAAUGGAAUUGUUAAUUCCGGUGUUGGAUAUGGGCGUGUGUUGAACAUAAACCCUAUGUUUAGUGUCAGUUCAAACAGAUAUGCCAUGGGAGGUGGUGGAACCGGAAAUGAAUCUCUCAUUAGCUCACUAAAUCACAACAUAUGGAGUAAUGGGAGUCAGAAUUAUAGAAACGGUUCAAUUGGUGAUUCCUUUGCUCCUGGAAUUGGAUUUGGUAGUAAUGGAGCGAUUUGGAGUAAUCUUGAUUCCGAUCAAGGUGGUAUUGGUGGUGGUGGGAAUUCUAGCUUCAUUGGUAGGAAUCCUAUUGGAUACAGAAGAAAUGGUGGUAAUAGCAUUACACCAACCUCUUUGUAUGGUGAGAUUAAUGGCGGUGGCGGUGGCGGUGGUGGUGGUGGUGGUGAUUUGUUUUCUGUGGACCCCACAUGGCGGCCAUUAUCGCCUGAGUUGGAAGUACCUGGUUUCUUUGGUUAUGGUUUUGGAAAUGGAUCGAAUAGAGGAAUUGCUACUUAAAAAGUUAUAAUUUAGAGCUAACAGAAGAAAUCACACGAAGCCGUUUACAAUGGAGAGUGUUUACGUAAGGUUUUAUUGAAGUUUUUUUUGAGUCUUGAAAAUAUAGGUUUUGAGAAUUAUGAUUUUAUAUUAUGAUGAGAUGCGAAGCUUUGAUCGUGAAUAUAUACUAUAUAGAGUGGAAUGAAAGAGGUUAAUUUUCUUGUUUUUUGGGUUUUUAUGUGUAAAAUGUUUCUGUUUUUUUGUUGAGAUACCUUUGAAAGAAAGCAAGU